UCCCGGCUCCUGUGCACAACUGCACCUACGUGCACACAACUGCCCCAGCCCGCAAACGUAGAAAGGAACCUCCUCGCUAGCUAGAUUGGUGCAUCCGGAUUCAAUGAAUCAAUUCCCUAAGCGCCUUUUUCCCGCCUUCACUUCCUCCUACCACGGGUGUGAGGGCUGCUGUGCCCAUGCUCCAGGUGCUGCGUGUCGCGCCCUGAUUGGAGAAACUGUCAUCCAGGAGGAAGAGCAGAGGUGUUUGCUUCAAAGAAAUAUAUGCUGAGUUUCUAAAUUGAUCCUGAAGAUGAGUAAUUAUUCAGAGGUUAAAUUGAAAAUUCCUUUUGGAAAUAAGAACCUAGAUGCUGUCUGUUCUGUCCCUGACAAGAUAUUAACUGACCGGGUGUUAAUAUACGCAGUGAUUCUCACCCAUGGAGCUGCUGGAGAUAUGAAUUUUCCUCAACUGAAGUCACUGGCAAACCAUCUUGCUAGUCAUGGGAUCCUGUGCCUGAGGUUUACUUGCAAAGGCCUCAAUAUUACACACAGAAUAAAGGCAUAUAAAGCAGUUUUGGAAUACCUGAAGAAUUCAGAUGAAUACAGACUUGCAGGUAUUUUUCUUGGGGGUCGUUCAAUGGGUUCUAGAGCUGCUGCCUCUGUGAUGUGUCAGAUUGAACCAGAAGAUGUCGAUGACUUUAUCCGAGGUCUCAUUUGCUUUUCUUAUCCCCUGCACCGUCCAAAGCAGCAGCACAAGCUCAGGAAUGAAAGUUUGCUGCUUAUAAAAGGCCCCGUGCUCUUUGUUUCAGGCUCAGCAGAUGAGAUGUGUGAGAAGAAAUUGCUGGAGAAAGUAGCAAAGACAAUGAAAGCUCCUACUAAGAUCCACUGGGUUAAAAAAGCCAGUCAUGCUAUGGUUGUGAAAGGACGCUCUGCAGAUGAUGUUUUGAAGGAAAUCAACUCACGUGUUCUUUCCUGGAUCCAAGAAGUCAUUGAACUGGACAAGAAAUAAUUCAUUGAUUAAAAGCCAUGUGCCAUUUGGGAUUUGUAUAUUUGAUUCGAUAAGGAAAACAGAAAAUCUCUCAGAAUUGUGAGACAUGUGUUAGAUUUGUUUAAUAUGUCUUUAUUAAUGUGCUUUGAAAGUAAAUGUUAAGCUUUGUUUAAAAAAAGAGAGAUGUGAAAAUA